AUGUCAGGCCUGUUGAUCGAGGAUUCUAAAUAUUCAUUCCUGAAGGAACUGGGCCUGUCUGGGAGUAAUCCAGGAGUUUACAAUGGAACUUGGUUUGGUAGCGGCGAGGAAAUCACCUCCUAUUCUCCAGCAAGUAAUAAACCAAUUGCCAAAGUUACUCAGGGCAGUGUAAACGAUUAUGAAAAAGCCAUUAAGUCAGCAGAAGAAGCCUGGAAUAUUUGGGUAGAUAUUCCAGGACCAAAAAGAGGUGAAAUUGUGAGACAAAUGGGUCAUGCCUUAAGAGAAAAAUUAGUGCCACUUGGAAAAUUGGUGUCUCUAGAAAUGGGUAAAAUUCUACCAGAGGGUAUUGGAGAGGUCCAGGAAUAUAUUGAUAUAGCUGAUUAUGCUGUAGGUUUAUCUAGAAUGUUUGCUGGCUCUAUCUUCCCUUCAGAACGUCCAGGUCAUGCGUUGAUGGAACAGUGGAACCCACUAGGUAUAGUUGGUUGUAUCACAGCGUUUAAUUUCCCAGUGGCUCCGUAUGGAUGGAACUCAGCUAUAGCUCUUGUUUGUGGUAAUGUUAUGUUGUGGAAAGGGGCUCCAUCAACACCAUUAACUAGUGUAGCUGUCACAAGAAUCCUAGGGUCAGUAUUAGAAGAGAACAAUCUACCCGGUGCUAUAUGUAGUAUGGUUUGUGGUGGAGUAGACAUAGGGUCAGCCAUGGCUAAAGAUGAACGAGUUAAACUUCUUUCCUUUACUGGCAGUUGUCAGGCUGGUCACGCUGUUUCUAAAAUGGUGAAUGAAAGAUAUGGUAAAUUUUUAUUAGAAUUGGGUGGAAAUAAUGCUAUUGUAGUAAAUGAAGAUGCAGAUGUAGACAUGGUUGUCAGGUCUGCUGUGUUUGCCUGUGCUGGUACUGCAGGUCAGAGAUGUACAACAACCAGACGCUUGAUUCUGCAUGAGAAAGUACAUGAUGUUAUAGUAGAAAGAUUAGUUAAAGCUUAUCAACAGUUACGUAUGGGAGAUCCUCUCGAGGAUGGUACGUUAGUGGGUCCAAUGCAUAAUGAACAAGGUGUCAAUAUUUAUAAAACAGCAGUAGAUGAGGCAGUAAAACAGGGGGGAAAGAUUGAAUGUGGUGGCAAGGUUGUAGAUCGAGCAGGAUUUUUUGUCGAGCCAACGAUAGUAACAGGUUUAAAACAUGAUGCCCAGAUUGUACAUAAAGAAUCAUUCGCUCCUAUUGUUUAUGUUUUAAAAUGUAAGAAUGUAGACGAGGGUAUCAAGUGGAAUAAUGAAGUAAAGCAGGGAUUAUCCAGUAGUUUAUUUACCAAAGAUCUUAAUACCAUAUUUAGAUGGAUUGGACCUAAAGGAUCAGACUGUGGUGUUGUUAAUGUUAAUAUACCAACUUCAGGGGCAGAGAUAGGAGGAGCUUUUGGUGGAGAGAAACAUACUGGUGGUGGAAGAGAAUCUGGAAGUGAUGCCUGGAAACAAUACAUGAGACGAUCUACUUGUACAAUUAACUAUAGUAAAGAACUUCCAUUGGCACAGGGAAUCAAGUUCGAAUAA